AUGCCAUUACUUCUGCUCAUUCCAGCAGCUGCCCUGGAACUGGCAGCACAAGGGCCUCCCCUGGUGUCAAAAGGAGCACAACACACAACAGGGAAAGAAAUAGUCCCCACCAUUGUAAAUGUGACGUGCAACGACAUUAAAACGCCUGGUGGAUAUAUGUUUGAUAUUAAGCCUGUAAAUCAGGACCCUGUGGAGUCGGUUGAUAUAACCCAAAAUGGAGUUAAGAUUUACGUUGGUAAAUUUGAAGAUCUGAGUUGGUCAUCUAAAGGAAGGGAUGUAAAAGCAAUAACUACAACUAACUGCAGUAGCAUAAAUGUGAAAUGGACUCACAACACAACGGAAGGAUACAUCGUGGAUAGUUAUCUAGAUAUCAAUGCUGUAAGUGAGUCAGAGACCAAAGAGACCAAAGAGACAGAGCAAUCUUCCACUGACAGCAACUGGCCCAUUAUUAUUGCUUGCACUGUCAUAGCCGUCUUUGUGGUCAUAGUUUGUGGGCUUUUGUGGGCCUGGUGUAAGAAGAAAAGGCGAGGCUGUGUGGACGAGAUCAAGAAUCGCUGUGUCAACAAACAACCGGGGACUUCUAAUGUAGAUUACAAUCGAAGUGAUGAUGAUAACAGCAACAAUGCACAGCGAGAAGCAUUGCUGCAUAAGAGAAGUGAGAACGGCAUGUCUAAUGGUGGGACGGAUGUUUCAAUUGAUAUGCAAGCCUGCACAACUGAUAAAAACAACGAUGACGAAAUAGCGCCUCAGGUCAACGGGAUCGUACUGCAUAAGGACCGGAAGGGAAACAUGGGACAUGACCCCGGUGGCGGAAAAGACACUACCCUGCACUGCAACGGGGAUCUUUCACAUCAUGACAAAUCCACUGGUGAACAGCAGAUUAGCGGUGACGAGGAAGAUGGAUGCUCUUCAGCUUUCAAUCAAAGAUCGACUCGAGAAGAGCCUUUUGACGAGACAGCAGGAAGUGAAGGCCGAGCGCCGGUGCACGGUGUCGGCCCGGGCAGAGCGAGGAUCUCUCCACCUGAUAACGAAGCUAACCAUAAAGCAUCAGCCAAUAUGUUAAAUAAUAAUAAUAAAUAA